CGUUCGUUCGCCCUGGGGAAGGUCGGAGGCUGGUGUGUGCGCCGCCGCCACCCACUGCCACCAUCGCCGCCACCGUUACCUAAUCAGACAGAUCCCUAGCCUCGGCUGGAAUGCUUGCUUAUACUUCUACAAGGUUUUAAAGCACAGACAGAGGAGCAGAAAAUUUCAGAAUGCCAUCUGAGAGGUGCCUCAGUAUUCAAGAAAUGCGGACAGGCAGGAGGCUUUGUCAGUCCGAUUCUCACCAUGAUGCUGUCCUGGCAGCCCUGAAUCAGCAAAGAAGUGAUGGUGUUCUUUGUGAUGUCACCCUCAUAGCUGAAGAGCAGAAAUUCCACGCUCACAAGGCUGUCCUAGCAGCAUGCAGUGAUUAUUUCAGAGCAAUGUUCAGUCUGUGCAUGGUGGAAAGUGGAGCUGAUGAAGUGAAUUUACAUGGUGUGACUAGCCUUGGUUUAAAGCAAGCUCUGGAGUUUGCAUACACAGGACAGAUUCUGUUGGAGCCAGGAGUGAUUCAAGAUGUGUUGGCAGCUGGAAGUCAUCUUCAGCUACUGGAACUCCUCAAUUUAUGUUCCCACUAUCUCAUCCAGGAAUUAAAUAGCUUUAAUUACUUGGAUCUGUACAGACUUGCCGACCUCUUUAAUCUCACUUUGCUGGAGAAGGCAGUGAUCGAUUUUUUAGUAAAACACCUCUCUGAACUCCUGAAGAGUCACCCUGAAGAAGUUCUAACCCUUCCUUAUUGCCUGCUUCAAGAAGUCCUGAAGAGUGACCAGCUGACAUCCCUAAGUGAAGAGCAAAUCUGGCAGCUAGCCGUGAGGUGGUUGGAACACAACUGCCAUUACCAGUACAUGGAUGAGCUCCUGCAGUACAUUCGUUUUGGCUUAAUGGAUGUGGACACCCUUCAUACGGUGGCACUGUCUCAUCCCCUGGUCCAAGCCAGUGAGACAGCAACAGCCCUCGUCAAUGAGGCCUUAGAAUACCAUCAGAGCAUCUAUGCACAGCCGGUGUGGCAGACCCGGAGGACCAAACCCCGCUUCCAGUCGGACACACUCUAUAUCAUUGGUGGGAAAAAGCGGGAGGUCUGCAAAGUCAAAGAGCUACGGUAUUUCAAUCCAGUGGACCAAGAUAAUGCCCUAAUAGCUGCAAUAGCCAACUGGAGUGAACUGGAACCAAUGCCAGUUGGCAGGAGUCACCAUUGUGUGGCUGUCAUGGGGGACUUCCUUUUUGUAGCAGGUGGGGAAGUGGAACACGCGACUGGGCGGACAUGUGCCGUUAGGACUGCCUGUCGCUACGAUCCCCGCAGUAACUCUUGGGCUGAAAUUGCACCCAUGAAAAACUGCCGGGAACAUUUUGUGCUGGGAGCAAUGGAUGAAUAUCUUUAUGCCGUGGGUGGCCGGAAUGAGCUGCGUCAAGUUCUGCCAACGGUGGAGCGAUACUGUCCCAAGAAGAACAAAUGGACUUUUGUACAGUCCUUUGACCGGUCCCUUUCAUGCCAUGCAGGAUAUGUAGCGGAUGGUCUUCUUUGGAUAUCAGGUGGGGUAACUAAUACUGCACAAUAUCAGAACAGACUGAUGGUGUAUGAACCCAACCAGAAUCAGUGGAUCAGCCGAAGCCCCAUGCCGCAGAGGAGGGUCUACCACUCCAUGGCUGCUGUCCAGAGGAAGCUCUAUGUUCUUGGGGGCAAUGACCUAGACUACAAUAACGAUCGCAUCCUUGUGCGACAUAUAGAUUCUUAUAACAUAGAUACAGACCAGUGGACACGCUGCAAUUUCAAUCUUCUAACUGGUCAAAACGAAUCCGGAGUUGCUGUCCAUAAUGGAAGAAUAUAUUUAGUUGGUGGCUAUUCGAUUUGGACAAAUGAGCCUCUGGCAUGUAUCCAGGUGUUGGAUGUGAGCCGAGAAGGCAAAGAAGAGGUGUUCUAUGGACCUACCCUUCCUUUUGCUUCCAACGGGAUAGCAGCAUGCUUCCUUCCAGCUCCAUAUUUCACAUGUCCUAACCUCCAAACCCUGCAAGUGCCUCAUCACAGGAUCGGCAACGUCUGAGCAUCCCACAUGGGCUCUCUUACAGAGGUCGAGUGUCGGAGGAGCGGAAAGGAAGAAAGUCACUGGAGCUGGACUCAGCCUGACUGUGGGCACAGAGAAUGGAAGGAGUCAGUGCUCCAUGCUUCCUUGUUUCGUUUUACACGUCUGUCUUAAAUUCAGAUACAUAUUAGUAAAAAAAAAAAGUUUUCUAAAAUACAUUAUUGAAAAACUGUCAACUUUCUCUCCUUUAUCACAUGUCAACUUACCAUAUGGUACCCAGGAGUUUUGGGUUUUUUUUUAAAAUAAUGGUGUUGCUCAGUAACAACCUGUUACUUGCCUGUAUGUGGCUCCACCUGUCUUAAAUACAUUCUCUACAUAUCCUUCCCAGCUAAUGUUGUCCAGGAUUAUACAAUACUAUGUUAGCUGUGCAAAUUUAUUUCCUGCUAAUGGAAUCACUGAUUCAACAAAAUAAUAGAUCUUCAGUAUUGGACUUUUUACCAUUAAAAAAAAACCUACCCAUCUCCAUUCAGUAGAGACUCUGCAUUACAGUAUGAUAAAUUUUUAAAUGUCAUAUUUUAUUCAGGGUGGUCCAAGAAUAAUAGGAUGGAAGAAGAUUGGGGGAGAAAGGCAGAAAACUCUGAAUUCUUACUCUAUUUUACUUACUUUGUGACCGUGGGCAAAAAUCAUAACCUCUCUCAAAUUUUCAGCUUCCUCCCUGUUUAAGCAGGAUAAUUAUCUCCUCUUCCCAUCCCAAAGGGAUGUUUUGAAGAUGAGACAAGCACUGUGAAGUGUUCUGACCUCAUAAGGAAAAAAAUAUUCGUAAAUCACAAGAUAUUAUUGCCGUCUUCAGGAUCAUGCGGCUGAACAGAGAGAGUACAGAUUCUUUCUUAUGUUUAAAAAUGUCCAGAUGAAACUUGGAAAAUAUAUACAAAUCCCAAAAUGAAUAGCAGACAGCAAUUAGGAUGAAGAGAGUUUACUUACUCCAUCUUUCUCUAACCUUGUACAAAUCCUUGCCUCAAGUAAUAACUAUGAAACAUCUCUCAUUCAAACUCUGUGCAGUGAAAGAUGACAUUUAAAAGCUUAAAAAAAUUAGUUUGCACUAAUUACAUACCAUAAAGUGCUUUGACAUAAAUUUGAACCUGGAAAAGGCAGUUAUAAGAAUUUAAAAGUUUUCUUACUUUAUUAAAGGUUAUGUCAAUCUUGAAUACUUAGGGGAUUCUUCUCCACCCUCUCCAUCCAUAUUUUAUUAUUAAUACUUUUAAUAAUGAAUUAGAAAUCUCUUUCUGGAACAGAUUUGUAGCCUCUUUAUUUAAAAAACAAACACUUCCUCCCACACCCACAAAUUCUGCUAUUCCAAUACCAUAUUUGAUGUGUAAAUCCAAUAGGUAUAAAGGGAGAGUUUGUUUGAUCUAAUUAUGAGCUAAUUUGCCUUUAUUGAGUUAAGAUUUUACUAUGACCCACUUUGUCCCCUGUAUAUUUUAAUUGCUCCCCAGUCCAAGAUAGGGCAUUGACAAUUUAUGCACACGGAUAUUUCCUUCACACUCAAGUGAAGGGAGUCAGAUAUUUAAUGAGUCAAACAACCCUCAAUAAUAGAAAUUACUAAGUGCUGUCUGUUUCCUAAAAAAUGCCAAAGCAUUAAAAGAAUUUUAAAAUGAAAAGCCAGUUCUUACAUAUUCAUCUUUUAAAAGGCAUCAGAUAGUAAAAGAUCCACUAAUUAGAAUCUUGUUCUUGUGGGGUAGGGAGUGAGGGAAGAGGAAAAGCAUGCCACAUUGUAGAAAAGAACAACUCAAGUCAAUGAGUAUUUAUUAAGGCCCUACUGUGUGCCUCUCAUAAACACUGGGGAUACAAUGGUAGGUCAAAGGCCAGUCCCUCUCCUCAAGGAGCUCAGGCUAGUGGGAGAUCAGGCUUGAGAGUGAUGGUUUAGUUUUGUUGUUCUUUAAAAAAUAAAAACUCCCAGAACGUCUCUGAGUGUCCUGAACAACACAGAUGAUGACUUACAUGAUCCCCAGGUAGUCACUAAAGAGAGAUUUUGGGAGGAUCACUUCAGUGGAAAUUUAAACAAGAUUCAAAAGAAAACAAAGCAAAAAUACAAGAGCUGAGAAACAAAAGGGAGUCGGAGGUUAGCCUUCAUUAAUCAGGAAUUCAACACAUCACAUCACAGCCAGGUUCCCAAGAAUUGGAGCUCAUUGAGGUUUUCCUCUAGGUGCCAGGUAGCACGUGGCUUCUUCACUCCCCCCUCUCCCCCAGCCCCAAGUCCCAGCAGAUUUGCUGGAGGGAUAACAUGAAUAACAAUGGCAUUUACUGACAUUGUUUCAAAUGAUGGAGGGAGAUGGCAGGUGGGGAGGCCAGCUUGUGCAGAAAAGGAAACCAGCCUAGGAAAAUGGAUAAAUGCAUCUAAAGACCAACAAAUCUUUACCUCGGAUCAAAACAAAGCAAAACCAAACCUUGUCUUCUGGGUAAUGUCCAUUUAAGGAAUUAAAUUUGCUUUCUAUUGAAUUUUAGGUAACUAUUGAUAGUCUUUCUUCUGGCUUUCAACAUCUUUACAAAGAGCAUCCAGCUCUUCCUGAUAAAUCCCCAAAUUCCUGAAAUAAUAUAAUUGAUAACUUUGUCUCUCAUCCCAGAAGACUAAUAGAGAUUAAGCAAGUGGAAACAACCUUUGAAACAGUCACUUUGAAGGAUGUGACCUCAGAAAUGGACACUUUCCAUUGAAAGGGUUUAUUCAUCUGAAACUCUUUCAUCUCUGGCUUCCAGUGUGAGAUUCCAAAUAAAAAGGAAAUUAUAAAAUUUGUGAAAUCCUAGGGAUUACAUGAUGUAAAUAGUAAGCCUAUGACCUCCCAUGCAUUAUACAUGAACUUCUUUAUCAUUUCAAAGUAUUCUGUGGUUUUGCAGUUUUUGUUUUUGUUUUUUUGCUUAACAUUUGAAUCUGAACUGAAGCCAGCAUAAGGUCAGCAUCCAAAAUCCUGUUUGUGAGGUCAAGAGAGAAAAGUCUCUGUCUAGUUCUCAUAUUUGAGAGACUUCAGAAACCUGGAUGCAUUUUAUUUCUGAAUAUUUUCUUCAAAGCUCACCCUCAUGAAUAAAAAUUCUUUCCUUCAUUUGUUUGUUGGUUGGUCCAUUCAUUCAUUCAUUCAUUCAUUCAUUCAUUCCCUUCUGUUUCCCUCCUUCAUUGUGUUUAUUUCUUAACUACUGCAAUAACUAGGCAAUUAUCAACCUACUUUUGCCUUAAACUUGACUGUACAACACGAAGAGUUACUGAUCAAGGUUACCGUAGUUAAGGUCCAGUUCAGCUUUCAUUCAUGACUCAAUUCAGAAUUUAUUACCAAAAGUGGAUGAGGAAUCAGCUUAGAAAAAAUAGACACUGAUGGUGUAGGCAAAGUUUUCUUACAUAUACACAUUGGCGUCUUGUAAAUUUAGGUUUAAAACAACCAUAUCGAAGAUUUUCUACCAAAGCACAAUUCAUAAAGACAAGAGCAGGGACAAUUACAAUGAAUCUUUUCAUGAAGAAGAAACCAUUUCUACUUUUGACCUCCUAAUUCAUGAUCUGAUCUGUGUUUUGCCAGUUGGUUGAACUAAAAAAAAAAAAAGAUGAUUGGGUUCUAAUGCCUCUCGAUCCAUCAUUCGAGCCAGAACGGUUCUGAUCAGAAAUGCCCAUUUUGGGGAGGGGAGUCUUCUAUUUCUUCCUUUGUGGAUGCUUGUUUUUUGUACAUGAAGUCCGUGGCUAUAGAUUUUGGGGAAAUCCUAUUUCCAAGAAAUGAAAUUGCUCCCUCCUGUAGAACUUGGUUGGGAGUUUCAUGCAAUAAAUAACACAAAAGAAAACAUGAGAAGUGGAAUGAGUGGUAUUUAGCAGACAGCAACCUGAAGUAUGAGCAGAAAAGGGAAAGCACAUGCACAGUUUUUCAGAAGCAAUGUAGAUGUGGAUAGUUAAAUCCACAAGAAUUUAUUAAGCACCUACUCUGAAGAACAACCACAAUAUCAGGCACUGUGCCUUGUAAAAAUUAAUUUAUAUCUAAUAAUAAAAAUAUUAUAUUUUAUGAGGUUUAUUAAGGAUUAUUAAAAAUCAAGGAUACAAAAUAAAAACCAUGUGCCCAUGGCUGAUUAGCCCAUUCAAAAUUCCGGUGCUUAGCUUACUUACUACAUCAUUGCAAUGGAAGAGAAGAGCCUAGAAGAGCGUAGGAGGUGUUACUGCCAGUUAAAUAAACACCAAUUGUGAUCUCACCAAAGGUGGAGAGUCAGGUGAGAUUAUAGGGAAUUCUGGGAAAUACCAAGGACUUCUGGGAAUUGAAGUCUAGGGUUCAAAUCUCCAUUUUUACAGCCUGGCGGGGGCUACAAAGACAGGGUUAAAGAAAAGGUCAAAAUUGGAAAAUACUGUGUAGAAGGAACCUCCCCCAUAUUCUGUUCUACUCACCUAUUUUUUUCCUGCCCAGGUAGAAAAAAUUUUACCCCAAGAGAAACAAAAUAAAUAACAGGAAAACAAAUUGUUCAAGGAGGAAUUUAUCUCAACUGUGGGUUAAACAUUGACCAUCCUUCUGUCUUCGUAAAGAAGGAUUUUAUUUCAAAGAGGCAAAGCCUGCCACAACUUUCAUCCAAUUAUUUGGUUUUUAUGGAAGUUUCUUAAUUAGAUGCUAAUUAACAUAGACCUUGAACCAUAACUAAAUCUGGAUGUCUAAUAAAAUUCUGCUAUUCAUUCAUCA